GAGGCUGGAAAUGGGCGGUGCGAGGCGCCUGCGGGACCCCCGGGCCCGGAGCUGUUCGUCCCCCGCGUCUACGCGUUCGCCUCUGCUACUCCAGCGUCCCUUCUGCGGAACGCCGGGCUCCAGGACUCGCCUCUAUUGCCAGCGUAGACGCGUUCCAAGAGCUGGGUGGCGGUGUCUCGGAUAGGCGGGGCCAGCAUCAGCCGACCUACUCCCAGGUCAAUCCGAAACCACUGGUUAGUGGUGAGAAGAGGACCCCGGUGUCCCGUCAGUGGGCGCCUAAGAUUGAGUGAGGUGCCGGGGCGCGGGAAGCCAGGGUGCCCACCCCCCCUCCCGACUCCUCCUCGCUCGCCGAUUCGCCCGUUCAGGAAUUGGAAAUGGGCAACCUCGAGAGGUGCAUCUGAGGACGUACAGGGCUCUGAGACCCUUGCCACCUGCCUCUCCUUCCACCCAUGGCCACACUGGUGGUCCUCGCCACUCUGGCCCCAUUGACGCUGCCUUGAGAGUUGCUCCAAAGUAGGGCUCCCGAGCUUGGAGUAGCAUGGGCACUGAGAAGGAAGAACCCGACUGCCAGAAACAGUUCCAGGCCGCCGUCAGCGUCAUUCAGAACCUGCCUAAGAAUGGCUCUUACCGCCCUUCCUAUGAAGAGAUGCUGCGAUUCUACAGCUACUACAAGCAGGCUACCAUGGGGCCCUGCCUGGUCCCCCGGCCUGGGUUCUGGGACCCCAUUGGACGUUAUAAGUGGGAUGCCUGGAACAGCCUGGGCAAGAUGAGCAGGGGGGAAGCCAUGUCUGCCUACAUCUCUGAGAUGAAGCUGGUGGCACAGAAGGUGAUUGACACAGUGCCCCUGGGCGAAGUGGCGGAAGAUAUGUUUGGUUAUUUUGAGCCCCUGUACCAGGUGAUCCCUGACAUGCCGAGGCCCCCAGACACCUUCCUAAGAAGGGUCACAGGUUGGAAAGAGCCAGCGCUGGACAGAGACGAUCAGGCUGCUCCAGAGCCUUCUUGCCUCCUGAAGGAGCCAGUACCUCCAAGUCCAGAGCCCCAGCCACCCAGGGACUUGGACCUGGAGGUUUUCUGUGAUUCUCUGGAGCAGCUGGAGCCAGAGUUGGUGAGACCGUCCCUCUUCUCCCCUGUUCCUCCCGGGUCAGAGCUGCCCCACCUCCACCCUGAGACCUGCGACUCAGCUCAGCAGGCCUGCGCAGAGCAGAGGGGAGCAGCUGGCCCAGAGCUGGACACCGGAGGCAACCCUGAGCCCCCCAGUGAAAAAGAGGGGUUGGAAGGUAGCCUGAUGGGGCCCCAGGAACUGGACAAAUGGCUGGUAAGAACAGUCCGGGCCAUGCAGGAAAGCAUGAGGAAUGUCCAGAGAAGAUUACAGAGCCUGGAGAGCAAGUCCCAGCCACGUGAGCAGGCAGCUGUUCCAGAAGGCCUGUCCACAGACUGCCCAGCCCGGACAGCAAGGCUCACGAGGCUUUACCUGCAAUCUCAGCUGCUGUGCUUGGGUUGCUCACUGUAGUCUGAGCAACUUACUGCUCUAAAGCUCUUUUCUGCCCUAGCAGAUGACUGCUAACUGCAUUGUUUGCAACCGUUUGAAGUGAUUGGCAAUAAAGUCCAGGGUUCUUGAGGAAAUGGGGGGAGGGGGAUUUUGUGUUUUGUCUUAAAAUUUUUUUGUUUUUAAGACAGUUUUUUUUCCUCUGUGUAAUAGUCCUGGUUGUCCUGAAACUCAUUUUGUAGAUCAGGCUGGCCUUGAACUCACUGAGAUCUGCCUACCUCUACCUCCUAAGUGCUGGGGCCACCACCGCCCGGUUUUAAAUGAUUUUUAUUAUUUUACAUAUCUGAAGUGUUUUUUUCCUGUGUGUAUGUAUGAGUCAGGUACUUGCCUGGUGCCCAUGGGAGGCAUCAGAGUCCCUGGAUCUGGAGACAACAUGUGGGUGCCAGCGCUCUUAUCUGCUGAGCCAGCUCUCCAGGCCUUGGAUUUUGUGUUUUGGACACAAUAAAUAAAUAAAAAUGGUAUUGGGUGUCAGGUAGACAGGACCUCUAGUUUGAUCUGCCACUUGGUUGCCCCAUGACCUUGGAUAAGUCACUUUAGUACUCCAAGUUUUAGUGCUUUCUUACAUCUAAAAUGGAGGCUAAAUCCUGGCCUGUCUCACAUGGCUGUGGUGGUCAAAUAGUUCCAUGUGUACACUCUCACUGGAUUCUGGCUGGGAUGUAGGGAGAAAUAAGAAGCAAGGGUCACUAGGUACUCAAGCAAAGGAAGCUGCAGCAAUUACACCAAGGGGAUUAAAGAGAGUUCUCAGAGCCCUUCAAGUGAAAGACCAGAGUCCGAACUCCUUUUAAGGGGGAAACAGGACCCCACUUCACCCCCAAUCUACCCUACGGCCCGGGGCCAAGCACACCCGUUUUCAGCGAAGGCCUCCAGCUCUCCUCCUCCAAGCCUCUUUCCCCCAAUCUCAUCUCUGGACAACACCGUGCUCCUUUCGGAAUCGCAUUGAUUUUUGAAUCCCUCC